UUCUUUAAUAUGUCCAACAACAAUUUGUACUUAAUUUCAAAAUUUGAACUGAACUUUUUUUUAACAGGUGGCAGCGUUUUGUUCCAUAUGUCAGUUCGUUUCAGUCAUUUCGAUGCAUUGAUGGACCUCCGCCAUUUAUAAUUUUCAGUGAAAGACUUCAUGUGGUGUUGGAAAAAGUUUUGCUAAUUUAUCAAAAAGUACCAAGAAAAUUCAGUAUAUAUUCAACAAUUUUAAUAGAAAAAGGUUUAAUAUAACCCUUAUUGAGUGUUAAAGUGUUAUUUCACUUGUAUAAAUUCGUGCAUCGUAUAAAACUACGUAUCAAUAGUACGCAAAUUAUUUUCUAAAGCGGUGUGAAAAAAUUUUCAUAAAAGAAAAAUGAGUGAAUUUGCUGCAUCACAAUCUAAUCUUAAUCAGUCGCAAGCAUUUGCAGCCGCACUACAGCGUGCUAAGCAGAUCGCCGCUAAGAUACAGCCAAAUACCGCACAACCAAGUGGUGGAGGUUCUUCUAGCGCUGGUAUAUCACCUCCAUCCGGCAUUGGUUUUAAGCGUAACCACGAUGACAGUGAUUCCGGUCCGGAAGCCAAACGUUUCACUAGUCCUGGCAACGAUUACAAUAAUUCCAACGGUAGCAGCGUGGGCGGCGGCGGUAGUAAUGCUGGAUCGACGAAUAUUUCUCAAGCACUCGCACAAGCCACCGCUGUUGCUCAGCGUUUAGCCGCUACAGCUGGCACAACAGUGGAGGAGCAAAUACGCAUUCCAGAAUCGCUGGUAAACUCGGUACUGGGACGUGGCAGCACUGAGACAAUUACUCAAAUUCAGGGUGAAUCUGGUUGCAAAGUGCAGCUUUCACAGGAUCAAGAUCGCGUGAUUACUUUACGUGGAUCUCGAGAGACUGUUACUAAAGGACGCGAAUUAUUCCAACAAUUGUCUAAUCGUAAUGGCGGUGGAAAUAUCGAAGUCGUGUUGACCAUAAAUAUGCCUCCACCAGGGCCUACAGGGUUCCCACCGUACCAAGAAAUUAUGAUACCUGGCACCAAAGUGGGUUUGGUAAUUGGCAAAGGUGGUGAUACCAUAAAACAACUGCAAGAAAAGACGGGUGCGAAAAUGGUUAUAAUACAAGAUGGACCAAAUCAAGAAAUAAUUAAACCACUUCGUAUCUCUGGAGAUCCGCAAAAAAUCGAACAUGCCAAGCAAGCUGUAUUAGACUUGAUAGCACAGAAAGAUUUACAAGCAGCUGCGCUUGCAGCACGUAAUAAUGGCGGGAGUGUGCAAGGCGCUGGCGUUGGUGGAAGCGGUGGCUAUAAUUUUGGCAACACUGGCGAACAGUGCGAAGUAUUUGUGCCGAAAAUAGCUGUCGGUGUGGUUAUUGGUAAAGGUGGUGACAUGAUACGAAAAAUACAGACCGAAUGCGGUUGUAAGCUGCAAUUCAUACAAGGCAAGAAUGAUGAACCUGGCGACAGACGAUGCCUUAUACAAGGCACACGGCAACAAGUUGAUGACGCCAAACGUAUGAUUGACGGACUUAUUGAGAAUAUGAUGCAACGACAACAACGCAACGCUAAUAGCAGUAGCAAUGGCAGCAUGGAUGGAAACAAUUCCAAUUACGGUUACGGUUAUGGCGUAAAUCACGCACAACAGCCGCCACGCGAAGAAAUAACAUUUAUGGUACCUUCAUCAAAAUGUGGUAUUGUUAUUGGUCGCGGCGGUGAAACCAUCAAGCUUAUAAAUCAGCAAUCAGGGGCAUAUUGUGAAAUGGAUCGAAAUGCUGUCAAUCCACCCUCUGAGAAGCUCUUUAAAUGCAAAGGCACCUCGGAACAAGUAGAAGCUGCACGUCAAAUGAUUGCCGAAAAGAUUAAUAUGGAGUUGCCAAUUAUUUCGCGUAAACCCAUUAGUGGUAACAUUCCUGGACAACAUAACAACCAAGGUGGUUAUGGACAGAACCCCAUGCAAAAUGACCCCAACGCUGCUGCUGCCGCUUAUCAACAGCAGUGGGGCGGUUAUGCCCAAGGUUGGGGUGAUCAAAGUCAGCAACAACAAAUGAUGAUGGGUGGCGCAGCUAUGGGACAGAAUACCGGAGCAGCUGCUGGUGGGCAAGCUGAUUACUCCGCACAAUGGAUCGAAUAUUACAAAUCAAUGGGCUUAAUGCGAGAAGCUGAAAUGAUCGAACAGCAGCUAAAAGCUAAACAAGCGGGUGCGAAUGCGGGUCAACCAAUGGGUGCUGUUGGUAUGCCACAACAACAGCAAGCACAACAGCAACCUCAACAACAGUCACAGCAACAACAAGCACAACAAGGUGGCGGUACAGCAGAUUACAGCGCGCAAUGGGCUGAGUAUUAUCGCAGUGUAGGCAAGAUUGCCGAAGCCGAAGCAAUCGAAAAGCAAAUGAAGCAAGGACAGAAUGGUCAAGCGAAUGCAUCAGGCGGCGCUGUUAACAGUAAUAAUGCAGCAGGUGUUAAUAGCAAUGCUGGUGGUAGUAGCAACGCGGGCGCCGGUAAUAACCCCGCUGAUGGCAGCAACAAUGCAGCGAUGCAAGGUAUGACACCUAGUCAAUAUGCGCAGUAUUCACAAUACUAUGCAGCCGCGCAAGCGAGUCAGGCGGCAGGCGGUGCUGCACCCGGCUAUCCACAAGCGGCUUAUGGGGGCUAUGGCGCACCGGGAGGUGGAUAUCCAGGCGCGCCACAACCCAACAUGCAGCCCAGUAAUAUGGGUGGCGGACCAAAUGCCGCCAACCAGAAUAAACAAAAAGGCGACCAGAAGUAAAGGAUGUACUAUAUAUUAUGUAUGUAUGAGAGUAACGGCGUGGUGGAAGCAGCAGCAAUGUAGACGUAGCAGAAGCUUGUGUAACGCGAAAAAAUGUUUAAUGAUGUUAAAGCUGUUGAAUGGGAGGUCACAAAUGUCUCAAUUACUACUACUUCUACUACUACUACUACUACUACUCCUUACCACUCACAGCAAAAAAUUAAAAUAAUAAAAAAAAAUAGAAAACAAAAAGAGUCUGUGAAAAUGUGUUGGCGUGUGCGAGAUGGUUUAAAUAUAAUAUAUUUUAAAUAUAUGCAUAUAUAUGUAUUUUUAGUUUGUAAGCAUAAUUUAUAGAAACAUCAACAGCACUAUUACAAAUGAAAAAUGAGAUAUAAAGCAAAGGCGCGACUCUACACCAUGCUAAAUCCACAUCAAACAAAAUUUGAGUGCAUAAUACACAUUAAAACAUCGUAAAUACUGCAAACUUUGACAUAAAAAGGAUAUGCAACGCUAACCGAAGGCAUUCAUCGAAUGUUUUCUACAAAAACAAAAAAUGAAUAAUCUAAAAAAAUUUCGUGCCGAAGAUGAAAAUUAUAAAAAUGCAUUAGUAGUUUCGUUCCGUCAAAUAAAACAAAAGGAGUAAAAAUUAUAUGAACACACUCUUAGCUAAUGAAAUAUUUGCAAUGUAAGGCUUUAGUGAACAAUUAACGCUCGUAAAUUUUCCACAAAACUAAAAAAAAGAACUAUUGAACUAUAUAAUUAAUGCUUGACAUAACAGUAAAAAGUAGAUAUAAUUAUACUAAGACGUGCAUACAAAAACAAAUUUCCGCAUUAACGGUCUAAUCUUUUAUAAUAACAGCGAAAUCAAAUAGAAAAGUAAAGUUAUAUUCCAAUAUUCUUCCAAAUGCACCAUCAUAACAACAACAACAACGAAAUGUGCGUAAUCCGUAUAUAUUGGAAUGGUUCACAUGACAGUAAACAAGAAGCUGGAAGUUGUCUAAAAUAUGAAAACACACGCACCUGUACAAACAUGCAAAUGUCAGCCAAUCAUAGCAAAAGCAACAAGAACGCCUUGCUCACCGCCAAUACUGCACUCGACUAUUUAUGAGUGGACGCCACUUUGCAGCGCGUUAAAUAGUUCAUUCCCGUUAAUAUUUAAAUAGAAACGAAAACGAAACAAAAAAUGUUGCGUCUGUACAAAAAAAAAGUGAACUGCAUGUGGUAAGCUUUGGAAUUAUAAUAUUUCUAAUAAGUGCUGAUAAAAAAAACCAAACAACAAUGCAUAUAAGAUAUAUACAGAUAAAAUUUCCCAUAGUGAAUAUAUGCAUAAAAUAAAAACAAAAAAUGCAACUUACAUACAUAUAUAAUAUAAAAAACAUGUUUUUAAAAAUUUCUUAUUAUUGAUUGCCUAAACAAAUACGUCAUUUAACAUUUUGCGAAUGAAAUAUGUCUAUGUUAAUUUACUAUCUACAUACCUAUAUGUAUAUUUAAAACAUGCAAAUUACCAUGUAUGUACAAUAUAUUAUAAGAAAUUCAAUUAUAAUGCCAAUAUAAUAAUUACAUAUAUAUUCACUUGUGCAUAUAUACGUAUAUAUUAAACAAUCUCUUGAUAUAUUUCAAUUAAUUAACAUUGAAAAUCAUAUUGUAGCGGGUUUAUUUACUAGUACAAGUAUGUAAGUGCCAGAAGCGAAAUGAAGGAUAACCAAAAUGGCAGAAAAACAAAACGCAAAGUAGAAAACAAAAUGGAGCAGCAGCAACAACUCAUUGUUGAAAAUUUGAUUUAACAAAUUUGGUCGAAAUGCAGACAGACUCUCAGCUUCACGAAGAAAUUAUUCAUUCAUUUUCUUAAAUUUGUAUAACUUUUUAGUUCUUAUUUAAUUUUUUUUCAAUCUGAUCCAUAUUAUGUACAUAUGUGUGUUUAGAGUAUAAAUCUUGAUUUUAUAUUUACAUAUUUUGCCACAAAUGCAUAUUUACAAAUGUUGAUUUCCCAAUAUUAUUAUUUUCUUUCUAAUUUCAUAAUAAGUAUUUAUACUAUAUACAUAUAUGUAUUUUUUUAAAGCAACACUGUGGGAAAGUCUUACUGUUUGCAUAUUCAUCAGAACCUUUUAGUCGCGGCAGUUGGUGCAUAUUUUUUGAUUUUGUGUAUGGAACCUCAAAUUGCGAAAAAUUUAUUUACAAAUAUGAAAUAAUGACAUGUAUUCUAAUAAUAUAGCGUGGAUUAAUAGGACCUUAAUUUUCAAACGUUGUUUAAGAAAAAACAUUUUAUAAGUGAACAAAUUAGUAACUUUUAGCGUUGCUGCAACAUGAAACAGGUAUUUUGGCUACCAAUUUGUCUAUUAGUGCUGGAUGUUACUGCGCCACUUAUAUCAGUGUAAACAGACUUUUAUUCCAGCUGCUAUAUAAAACUGCUAUAAACAAAAUUUAAUGUUACAAUGUAGGCUUUUACUCGACGCUUACUUCUCAACUAGUGUAUUGAUAUAAGUGCAUCAACAUAUUAAGCAAAUUUCUAAUAUUAAGGGUUUCUCUUAACAUUUAACCAACUAUUUUAAGACGCUUGAAUGCAUAUAGUGUAUCUUCCUAUGUUUAAUAGUUGUGUAAAGCAACAUGGAAGAAGUAUCAGCCAGUUCAAACGUAAAAGAGCUUAAAAGAAUUGGGACGGUUAUAUUAACCACAACUCACACGAGCAGUUGCACGAUUAUAUCAACCGGGUUUAAACUCAAAUUUAUAUAAUUUAAUAAUUGCUUAUAUUAUAUAUAUGCAUAUAUACAUAUAAUAUGUUUUCAAUAUACCUUCCAGCGACCAUUCAAUAAAAUAUGUCAUAUUUUUCGUGUUACCAACCAUUUUUAUGCAAUAUUUUUUCUAUGAGAAAGUUAGCUAUAAUAUUUUCUUUAUAUCUUUUUUUAUAUGUACAUAAAUGACCAACCAACUAUGGUUUACUCCCAUGUCCUCCGGUACGUUGAUUGCACACACGCGUCUUCAAGUCGUUCGAUUGGUGAUCGAGCGGUCGCACAAACGUCGUUAAUGCGAAACUAUAUGAGCAAACAGACAAAAAAAAAAAUAUAUAUAUAUAUAUACAUAUACAUACAUAUGUGAGGCAAAGUGCGCAAAGUUAAUUACUUGAAAACAGAAAGAAAGAAACACGGUUUAUGCAUACCUUUUCUUGGUAAGAUUCAUUACAUUGCUUAACUGUUUUGAUACAAACAAAUAUAAUCUAUAUGAAUAUAUUAAAUUUAUUCAUUUUUUCAUAUACCAAGUAUAUAUAAAAUAUUUUUGAACAAAAAAUUGACAACACAAUCUAUUUACCUUUACAUACAUGCAUAUAAACAUUUAUAUGUGUAUGAAAAUAAUGUUUCGCUAUAUUAUACUGAACUGCAUUGUUUAUAAAAAACUUUUACGCGCAUUAUAUAUAUGUGUGUGUUUGUGUGUGCGCCCAAGAACUAUUUACCUAACUUAAAUACGUACAUUACAUAUUAUGUUUUAAUUACUAUCUACUAUAUUGGUUGAUGUUAUAUUGCAUAAACAUAAAUAAAUCUAUUUCCAGUUCUACAGUUUCUUAAAAGAGCUAAGAGUCUACAGCAAACAAUAACUUCUAGUAAACAAGUAGCACUUACCUUCACCCAACUGCCAAAAUACCAAAUUUCCUACCACUACUACUACUACCACAAACGUACGUACAAUACAAAAUAGCAGUAAAUCACUUUCCAAACUAUGGUAAGCUGCUCUACAUGCAAAAUCUCUUUGAAAUUAUUAUCACGUAUGUACAUAUAUUGCAAUUUGAACAGAAAAAAAAAAUUAUAUACCUAUUUAAAAUGCUGAUUUCACUAUAUAAAAUAAUUGAUAUAACAUUUUUUAAACGAAAAAAUCAUAUUUUAUAAUUUUUUAAGUGUCCCUUAUUGUUUUUAUAUACCUCCAUUUAGUUAUUGCUCAUUUUCUAUAUUAUUAUUGUUUAUAAGCCUGGGUACAACAGAAAUUAGAUGCAAAACAAAUAUAUAAAAUAACAAAAAGAUGCGUGAGAGUCCAAUUAGAAUGUUGCAACAUUUUAAAACGACCGUAAAAUAUAAAAAAAAUUGUUCAUAAACUUUUUAAAUAAUGGCAAAGAAAAAUACGUAUAUUUAAACAUUUUACUGUUUAUAUAACACAAGCACGGAGCAAAAUAUUUGUUUCGCUUAGUUAAUCACAAAACAACAACAAUAUAUAAAAAAUAUCUAAUCUUAAGCAUUAUAUGAAAUGGCAAAAACAAUAUCACACACAUUUAGUGCGGUGUUAUAAAUCAAACAACAACAAAUGCAAUUGUUUUUGUCAGCGAAAAAAAGUAUAAUAAUAAAAAAAUAUAUAAACACAGUUUAAAGGACAUGCAAGCGUGUUCACAACAGUUUGAAAAAAUAAAAUAAAUAAAUAACCUUUAA